AUCACAAGACCUCCCCGUUUGAUCCCAAUCAGCGCUGUGAACACCAAGGGAAUCAUGCCUGUCCCCAGGAAAGCAGGAAGAAAAAACAGCAAUGCUCCAGAAGCUGCCGCCAUAUGAUCCAAAUCUUGCUGAGCCCACAACCAGGGCUGACUUCCUCCAACAUUUUUUGCCCAUCUCUCUCGAUGAUAAAACGGCACAGAAACUGUUGUGGAUCUCAGAGGCAGGGUCCAAGGUGGCCCGUACUUCAGAGGCCGUCUGCCCGUACCCCAACAGGCCUGAGAGAUAUGAACACUCUCCACAGGUGCUGUGUAAGGAGGGUGUGAUGGGAUACAGAGCGUACUGGGAGGUGGACUACGAUGGCUGGGUGGUCAUUGGGGCCGUGUUUGAGAGCGCGCCCCGGAAGGUCCAGGACGGCCGUGGCCCCUGCGGCCUCGGGGAGAACAGUGUCUCCUGGGGGGCCGGCUGGUCUGGAUCCUGUUACCAAGUGUGGCACAACAGCGAUAACGUGGAUGUCUCCCUCCCCCUGACCUCCACCAUGGGCAUGUACAUCGACCAGCCCGCCGGCAUUAUCAAGUUGCUCAUUGUGGAAGGAGAAGGGGAGAACAAGGAGGUGCGGCUGAUUCACAAGUUCAAGGCCAACAUCACAGAGAAGAUUUACCCCGCGUUCUGGGUUGGCACAAAUUCAUUCUGCCUUAUCCGGAAAAAUGAUCAGUGACACGGAAGAGGAUUGAGCAUGAUUCGUAAUGAGGGGGUUGGGCGACAAUGUUUGGGGAACAAGUGUUGGAGUUGUAAAAGCAGCACGUUGUGCCAUCUUUGUAGUUUGCUUUCUCUGGUUGCAUGACGAACAAUUAUUCAUCUCAUAUUAUAUCCAAGAUGGCUACUUAUUUAAUUUGCUAUUGUGUAUCUUUUUCUGUAUUUUAUUUAACUUAGUAUUUUAGUCUAGGUCUUGUAUGUUUUUGUAACACGCAGGACUGUACUAGAGGACUGUACUAGAGUGCUUGUUUAACUUAAGAGUCUGCAUCUUUUUUAUGUGCUGAAUGUAGUAAUAAAUUAAACUAUUCUGUAAUAACACUGAUGUUGCAUUAUGUUUGUCUGAUACUGCAUAUCAGGGAUGACCGUAGAUCAGAUAUUAACCAUAGACUGCAUAUAUUUGUAUUCACUUCAGUAGUCUGCUGACGCCCUCUAGUGGCCUUUAAUAUAAUUGUACCCUUACACAUAAACAUACAAUGAGUCUUUU